AUGAAUGGCGGUUCCACGCCGGCGGGCAGAGCCGUCGCUGUUCACUUCGUCUGCGUGGUGGCGCUGGCGGCGGGGGGUUGGAUCUCUCGGCAUGUUUGCUCGUCUGGUCUUGUUUCUGAACCCGCGCGAGUGCUCCGCCUCCUCGUGGUAAGUUCAGAUGAGAAGGGAUGAGACGGUGAACCCUUCCUUCUUAUGGCUGCCGAUCCCAUUAAUUUUUAAUAUCUCUUUUUCUCUUCUGUCUAUAUAGGUGAUCGAGUCGCCAGUGGUGAUCAUUGCUUACAGUUUGGUGCGAUCUGAUAAAGAGCGGACCUCGGUGAGGCCACAGCCUGCUCGGUUAAUACCUUAGAUAUUAUUCACUGUAAAUUUUCGUCCCGUUUAUGCCUUACAUUAACUUAAUUUCUUUGCCAGUUCCUAAAGGCAGUUGGACGGGGAUUUCUGGGGCUUCCCCUAGGUAUACUGUUGCUGUUUUUCUGUCUGACCGAUUUUUUCUGAAUUCUUUGAUGGCAAUUUUUUUUAAAAAACUUUUUAAGGCGAGCAUGGACUGCCUUUUUCAGUAAUGGCAUUUUAUUUUAAAUUAUCAUUUCUAUUUUUUUCUUUUUUUAGUGUUUUGGUAGUAAUUUCAUUACUAUUUUUUACUCUUAUGCAUUUGCAUUCGUUUCUAGAAUCUGUGUGGAUGGGGAUACAAGUUGGAACAACUAUUUGGCUUAGUAAUUUUGUGCAACCACAUACGUGGCAUACCUUCAAGUUCAUUUGUCAUACUGAUGGCAUCUUGUCCUGUGAGAAAAUAAAUUAUCUUAAAAAUCAGCCCGGAUGCACACUAUCACUUCGGCCAAUAAAAAGCACAAGUGAGAAAGCACGAUACAAACCAACUGCUGACUGGAAAUCCUGCAGUUGAAACUAAGUGCUAUCGUUUUAUCUGUGGUUCCCUUAUGCGGAUAUUUCCUUUGUUUAUGUAUCCUUUAUGCAUUCUUUGAUUGUCUAGUGUCUACAGUUUUGGUCAGAAAUGCUCUCUCAAUCAGUGAAAUCCAUGGAGAAAUUUCCGUGUCUUGAUAGUUCUCAAUCAAUUUUACCUUGACAAUCACUUUAGUUGCUGAAUGAUCUAGUAUGAAAUCAAGCUAAUUGUAUGUUACCAUCUAUGCUGUGAUUAAAUUUCUCUUCCCAUUUUCAUUCUCGGUCUAUUCUCUAGAUUAAUUUCAUUGCAAUGUUGCUAUAUAUUUAUUUUCAUAAUUUCAUAAACCAAUCCAAAUUGCAUUUUCUUGUAUUUCCUCUCGUGGUAUUUUCUCUCAUCCUGCAUAUACAUUUCUGAGGUUGAUAUUUGUUCCUCAAUACAGGUGCUCUGCUGAACGCAUUUGGAGCUAUCGUUUUGGGUGCUCCUUUUUGGAUCGAGUGAGUAGAACAUUGUUCAUUUCACCAUAACAAGGAGCUAAACCAAUUUUUUUUAUUUGGUUGAAGAACUUUAAGUAUGUCCUAUUUACAUUUGCAUGCAUAUUUUCUUUGUUCGCUUUUAAUGGACCUUUGACAGGAAUGGAAUACCGUCUUUCCCAAUUGUUCAAGAGUUGGCAAUUAUUUGUUGUACCCUACCCCUUUACCCAUUGAAAAAAUAAAGUGGCGGGAAAAAAAACGGCUUGCAUCUGUAAAAUCCAGUUCCCCAACUGGUUGUAACCUAAUUGCUACCCUUUUUCAAAAACUGCUGCCUUCCCCACAAAAGUAUCAUACAUACCCUUGUAUCAGAAACAAAUUCAAGUUAGACCUUGUUGCAUAAUCAUCAUUGAAUUUAAAUUGGUUUCUUAAGAACUUACUGUCAUGCAGGUACUUAAAACGGACGAUUAAUUGGUCCCUUUUGAUGUCGCUCUUCACAGUGAGUAGAUGAUCUUUUUUUGGAAUUUUUCUCUUAUUGUUCUCUCUAUUUAUUUUUAAUUAAUUUGAAACGUUUUACAGCGUGAACACUAAAAUCCAGUUUCCAAAGACCUUGGGAUUCUCACAUUUGACUGAUUGGUGGUCUAUGAAUUUAUCUUUGCUAAUGAAGUUUUCUUAUUACAUUCUCUAGUUUCCAUAUAAUGAAAGCCACAUGAAGGAAUCUUGAAAGGAAUGUACACGAGCAUUAUCUUUUGGUUUUGAUAACUGAAUCCUGUCAUCUAAGAUAAAAGUUGGAAUAAAGUUAAGACCAUCGGAUGAUAAAGGGAAAUAUUUCAGCUUAUAUAGCACAUGGAACAAAAAAACUUACAGAAAUAGUUGGAAUAUCAUCGAGUUAUUUUUUCCUUGUAAGGAGAUUUCGAAAAACUAUAUGUUUUUUAUCACUCUUGCAUCGCAUAGUAUCCUCAUCAUAUGUUAGCAUACAAUCUGUAUACUGUGCCUCUUCUCAUCUGACCUUUUUUUUUCUGACAGUUUGUUCCAGCAGUUUGUGUUUUUGGCUAUUCAAGGAAAGAUUGGCUGCGCAUAUUGGCUCUUGCCAAGUAAGUGACCUGUGCCACUACUGCAUGGAAUAAGUUUAUAUGUGGUGAUUUAGUGUACAUUUAGUCAGCAGAUAAUGUUUCUCCAUACAGAUGCAGAAGGUUAACUAUAGAACCAGAUUUUAUUUCUCUUGCUUCUCCUAACUAGUUUGACUGUGGAAACUAAAGGAUGGUUAUUGGGUGAAGUGCAUAAAAAGAUUAGGCAGGGCUACGUCCUCCAUGCCAGUCGUGAUAAUUUUAUUUUCUAUUUACAGGAUGGCUAGGGUUGUUGAUUAUAUGGUCAGCUUGCCGGCACAUGGAGCUGUAAUUGGUGCAUGGUUUGGGGCUUGGCCAAUGCCACUUGAUUGGGAAAGGCCAUGGCAGGUAUAGAUCCUAGGCUGGACAAUGUUCAUGUUGUCUCUGUUGCACUACAUAAUAUCUAAACUUUGAAUGGGCUUGACAUUAAUUUUGUAACGAUGCAAUUAGCAUGUUUUUUCACAUCAUUUUCAUAUCAUUUUCCUUGUACCACACUGGUUAACUAAAGAUCAUACCACCCUGCAGUUGCGUAACAUAGUUUUGUGCCUUGGAAAAAGUUUUUAUAUAAAAUGUUUUCUAUUUUAUUUCGGUAUUUUAUUUAAUGCGAGAAUGCAUCUUUUCUUGAUUGAUUAUCAGAUAGAAUCGGGUUUCCAUUAAAAUUAGUUUUUCCGUAUUUUGGAGGACCAUGCCCAGUAGUGGCGUAAUGAGCAGCUGAUUUCUUUAAAACUGACAAAAAAAAAUAUGGCUUUUAGUUUGUGUUUAUAUGUUUGGUGUUCUUGAAGCUUGUUGGCUCAUUUCUUGAAGCUUGUUUGGUGUAAUCAGGUUUAUAUGGCUUUAAAAUAUGAUUUGUGCUCACUUUUCCUGGUUGAGAAAUGGUGCUGGAGUCCAAAGCCGCUUGCACAUUUUCACAUUUAGUAGUAUGAUUUGACGUCUGGAGUAUCAAUGAAAACCUGAUUAACAAUAGUAGGAUGCCUCCGCGAUAUUGUGUUUUCAAUUGACAGGGAACUGAGACGUGCAUAUUCCACCCAAAUUCAUUAACAAUUGUAAUUUGUGAUGGAAAUCCCCCCAAUAUUUCUUUAAAUAAGAUAAAUAGCUGAUAACAAAUUCCAGCUUUCCUGGUUUCUUAGGCCACCUGGAAACCUUUUAGUUACUAUGAACUGUAGGGUUACUCAAGGUGGACAGAAUUCACAUUGAUUGAAAUCAUCAAAGCUGCUGGGCAGUGAUGACUGCUGCUGUUGAAUAAGGGAAUUAACUUACGUUAAUGAAGUCCAAAUUUAAAUAGAAUUAGCAAAAUAUUAUCGUUCAUGAUUUUAGGCUCAGAUUUAUUCUUGAAUCCAUUUGUCCUAAAUUCUGUUUUAAAGUCUGAAUUGUAUUCUCCCGAUGACUGCAGGAAUGGCCAAUCUGUGUUACCUACGGCGCUGUUCUUGGUUAUGUGGUUGGAGUGUUGGCAUCACUUUCGUUUAUUCUUUGCCAAAAGGUUCAUAAAAAGGAAGAUUAA